CCAGCCUAACAAUGACAAACACAGAGCGACAUGCAAGUCGGAGCCUCUCCUUGCGCUGCGACAGGUAGACAAGCCUACGCUCUCACCACGCAUUGGUCCGUUACACACCGUGCGGUUCUCCCAGUGCUUCCGAUGACCGGGCUUUCUCCAGGACAUGACAAUAAACCACCGUCAUGAAACGAAGCCAUUGCUAAUCUAGGACAAGGACUGAAGUCGUCGGUCAGAAAACACUAUUUAACAGCCGUGUACGCAUGCGCACGAUACUAAGAUUCAGGUGAAAGGGGAUCAUUUGAGAAACUCGUAACAGUGAGAGAAAGACGGACUUAAACAUCAUGGACGAAGAUACGGGCCCUACUAAAAUUGGUCAACUGGAAUGGCCCGAUAUUCUGGUCAUCAUCGCUUAUUUUGUGGUCGUCAUUGGUGUCGGCAUUUGGUCAUCAUGCAGAAACAGAGGGAGUGUUGGUGGCUAUUUCUUGGCCGGAAGAAGUAUGAACUGGAUACCGGUGGGAGCGUCGUUGUUUGCCAGUAACAUCGGCAGUGGACAUUUCAUCGGAUUGGCUGGUUCCGGUGCCGCAAGUGGGAUAGGCAUUGCUGUUUUUGAACUUAAUGCUAUCUUUGUGCUGAUGAUGCUGGGAUGGCUGUUUGUACCUGUAUACAUCGCUGCCGGGGUGUUUACAAUGCCCGAGUAUCUCAAGAAACGAUUUGGCGGACAGAGGAUCAGGGUUUACCUAUCCGUCCUGGCACUCAUUCUUUACGUCUUCACGAAAAUCUCGGCUGACUUGUACGCAGGCGCUGUGUUCAUCAACCAAUCACUGAACCUGAAUCUCUACGUGUCGGUCAUCAUAUUGCUCAUCAUUGCUGCACUCUUCACAAUUGCCGGUGGUCUGACUGCCGUCAUCUGGACCGACUUCGCCCAGACCAUCAUCAUGAUUAUCGGAGCAUUCAUCCUCAUGAUUAUGAGUUUUAUAAGAGUGGGAAGCUAUGAGGCCAUUGAGCGUAAGUUUUUCUCGGCUUGGCCCAAUACGACCCGGUACCCUGUGGAGAACUCGACGUAUGCAAAAUGCGGAAUCCCGCCGGAAAAUUCGUACCACCUGAUUCGUGCCGCUGACGACGGUGGUCUCCCAUGGCCGGGAAUCAUGUUCGGCUUGACGAUCUCCUCCGUUUGGUAUUGGUGCUCUGAUCAGGUAAUCGUACAGAGAGCAUUGGCGGCCAAAAACGUCACCCACGCCAAGGCUGGGACCAUCCUGGCGGGAUGGCUCAAGUUCCUACCCAUGUGGCUAAUCGUCUUUCCUGGAAUGAUAGCAAGAAUCCUCUUCCCAAAUACGGUUGGUUGUGGGGACCCCAAAGAAUGCAUGCGCAUUUGCGGUAGCGAAGCCGGAUGCACGAAUAUCGCCUACCCAAAGCUGGUACUAGAGGUGAUGCCUGUGGCCCUCCGUGGACUGAUGAUGGCCGUGAUGAUGUCUGCUCUCAUCUCCUCUCUCACCUCCAUCUUCAACAGCAGCAGCACAAUCUUCACCAUGGAUAUCUGGCGUAGGAUACGCAAGAACGCCAGCGAUAUCGAACUCAUGAUCGUGGGAAGAUGCUGUGUCCUCGUACUGGUCGGUGUCGGCAUCGCCUGGAUCCCGAUCGUACAGAACGUAAGUGAGCUGUUCCACUACAUCCAGGCCGUGACAAGCUACCUGGCGCCACCGGUCUGCGCCGUCUACGUCCUCGCUAUCUUCUGGAAGCGCAUCAAUGAACAGGGGGCCUUCUGGGGCUUGAUGAUCGGACUUGUCGUUGGCCUCAUCCGGUUCGCAUGGGAAUAUUCUUACCCAGCAUUCCCGUGUGGAACCCCUGGAGACGAUCCCAAACCUGCAAUCAUCGGCAAAGUUCACUACCUCCAUUUCGGUAUCAUUCUCUUCGGUGUUGUUGUUAUCGCUUGUACUGUUAUCAGCCUGCUCACAGCGCCCAUUGAUGAUGUCCACCUAUACCGAUUGACAUUUUGGACACGUCAUAGCAAGGCUGAACGCAUUGACAUCUCCGUGGAUGAAGACGUUGGAAGCCGGGAGAAAAUUGACAAGCACAAAUCUGCACAGGACUGGGACUGGAUCCCGAUUUGGAAGAAAGCCGGUAACUGGAUCUGCGGUAUUGAGAAGAUGGUGGAGGGUGAUGGUAUGACCGACGAGGAGAAGGCGGCGCUAGAGGCUAAGCAGAUCAAUAUUACCGAGAGACCUAUAUUGAGAACAAUUUGCAACAUCAACGCUGUCCUGCUCAUGACGUUCGCUGUCUUUGUUUGGGGAUUCUUCGCUUAAUUCUCACACGCGGGGAGGAAUCGGUGGUCAGACAUCCAAGAACAAUUUUGUGCACUCUACCUUUAAUCGUACUGCUCUGUUCAGAAAAGCUUGUGGAUCAUUUCUAGAAGAUAUUGAAAAGGCCAGUGACGUGUACCUCCCAACAACUGUAAAAUGACAGGGAUGCAUAGUAUCUGGUCGAUAUAAUGCGUUGACUAAAAAAACUUAAAAACUGAUGUUACGGUGGUUGUGCUAUGCAGUAAGUGAUGACGUCAGGGAUAUAUGCAUCGAUUGUGGUUGAUGACGUUAUGGUAUGCAUCAGAGUAGUUGGUGACGUCGUGCACGUGCAAUGAGGACACGUUGAUAUACUACGCCAAAAAAAAAAAAAAAAAAAGAUGAUAAGAUGAAACGCUACGCAACGUUACUGAUCACAUGACGAUAUGUUGCAUGCACAUGAUGGUAUAGAGUACACAGACUGAUGCAAGUUAACGGUACGUGGGUUAUGCGGGGAAAUCAAUUCCACGACAUGCACAUGAAGUUCAAGUAUGACGGUGUAUUGAUCCCGAGCACUACCGUUCUAUUGGACCGUAACGUCAGAGGAACGAUAACAGCGAUGUUAUAUGUAUCAACGGCUUUCUGUAUAGUGCAAUAUGAUAGAAACCAGAGUGCUUAAAGGCAUGGAUGAAUGGAAUGACCAUCCAUUCUUCCGUUUUAGAAACUGUUGAAAUCCAUCAUUCAUCCAGCUUCACAACGACAUCCUGGAAACAUUGCUCUCAUCACCAGUAACAUUGCUUUCAUCACAAACGUUCGCUAUCCAUGAUACUAGUGUAGAUGAUGACGCCAUGCACCAAACAUGCAGUUUACUAUAGUGGCUUCUGAGGUUUGAAACCAGCAUUUUAAACUGCACUAUAAAGUGAAAAACGAAAGAGGGGUAUUUUCAUAACUUACUCGAAGAAAGACGUACAUUUUUAAUUACUUGUUUGGUACAUGUAUUCCUAGAAUUGACUGUGUUUUCAGUCAGGCUGUGUUUUACCUGUAAGUUCGAGUUUGAGUUUUAAAGCUUUGAAUGGAAAUGAUAUGUUCACCUUUUCAAACUCCAUGUACAUACUAUUUAUAACAGAACCCAAACACACUGUCUCUCUAGCUGAUAUAUGUAAAACAGAUUAUUUUUGUAUGGCUACAACCUAUAACCUAUUUAUAUAAAGCUGUUAACCGGAAUCGACACAACCUUCAAAUAGGUACAUUUAAUUUCAAGUUCUGAAGGCUUUGCCUGAAAUGAAAGCUCUCAAACAACGUCGGUUAA